AUGGCACCGUCUCCGCAUGAAAGUGGGAGCGAACGGACGAUUACGACACCUUCUGUCAGCAGCAGCAGCAGCAGCAAGUCUUUGGACGGACUGAGCUCUGAGCAGGCCAAGAAGGAUGGAGACUCCGAACAUACACAUCUCCCGCAGCCAGAGAAAGAUGUGGAAACAGCAGCAGCAGCCUCAUCGGUGCACUCCCCGUCCUGUAUCGUCGGGUGGUCUGGCCAGGGGGACCAGCAGAAUCCCCAGAACUUUACGGUCGUCCAGAAGGUAUCGAUCAGCCUCGUCAUCAGCUUGAUGAAUCUCACCGUUUCCCUGGCCGUGAGCGUGUUCAGUGCCAUGCUGGAAGUCGUGGCGGCCGAGUUCAAGCAGGACCGUCCCGAGAAGAUGGAGUCGACGUUGACUGCUUAUAUCUUGGGGUUGGCAUUUGGUCCCGUCUUAUUCGGUCCCGCAUCAGAGUACUAUGGUCGAAAGCGACCACUCAUCCUCGGCGUGGGUGGCUUCGUGCUCUUCUGUACCUUCACGACAUAUGUCAGCAACGUGCAAGCACUGCUCCUGUGCAGAUUUCUGGCAGCCGCAUGCGGAAGCGCUGCAUAUGUCAUUCCACCGGGCAUCUUCGUCGACUUGUAUGGCCCGGUCGGGAGGGCUGUCGGGUAUCAGAUCUUUGCGACAGCUGCUUUCAUCGGCGGUUCACUGGGGCCUGCUGUCGCUGCUUGCAUGAUCUACCAUGGCAUCAAUUGGCGCUGGACCCUUUACUUGGUCAACGGCAUCACGUUCCCCCUCAUCGUGGCAAUGCUGUUUCUUCCAGAGACUCUCGGGCCGUGCAUACUACAAACCAAGGCGCGUCAAUUACGGCUCACGACAGGUGAUUGGUCUCUCCACACACGUCAAGAGGAGAGCGCGGUCAACUUCUCGAAAUACCUUGCCAAGCCGUGGAAAAUGCUUGUUCAGGAGCCGGUACUCAUCGUGGUCACCACUGCUUUCACCAUUGAUUAUGCAGUCUUCUCGGAAACGUACUCGUGGGUGCCUUUUGCCUUCUCCAUGAGAGGAUGGAAGCCACUCUACGCAUACAGUGCCCUCCUGCUGACCAUCCCUGGCUUCAUCUUGGGUUGUGCGAUCGUGGUUAUUGACACCAAGACCCGAUUCCAGCGACAUUUCAAAAAGGCUCUGAUAACCGCACCAGAGAGUAGACUGCCACCACUGGUCGCUGGCAUGGCUCUACUCUCCAUCGGCUUACUCACAUUCGCGUGGACCUGUGCCCGACACAUUCCCUGGCAAAUCCAAGGCUUCUCCGAAGUCCUAUUCGGAUGUGGCAUGUACCUAGUCUGGGUGACCGCAACCGUCUACAUCCAAGACCUCUACGUCUCACAUUCCAACAGCGCCUUAGCCGCUUGCUCAUUCGUGAGAUAUACCAUCGGUGCUGCGGCGCCCAUGUUGUCGAGUCUGCUUCGUCGGAAGCUGGGCUUGCCCUGGGCCGUCAGCGCAUUGGGCAUCACGUGUGCUGUUCUCGUCCCGGCUCAUAUGCUGUUGUACUUCUUUGGAAGAAAAGUCCGAGCCUGGAGCAAGUUUGCGCUUCAUGAUACCUAUUCUGCGGAUGCGGAUGAGCCUCGACUGUGA